AUGGAAACCGCAGCCUCUGGAGCGCAACCGCGGUCGCCAGCAGCCCUCUCCUCCGCGAACGGCGCGACGAGCGAAACGGGGCUGGCGCCGACUCCUAUCGACGGCUCGUCUUCUUCGCCGUCGGCUGCGGCCGUGGCUGUCAGUACUGCCACAAACUCCGAAGGAACUUCACCGCCAGGAAAAAAGGUCAGUGGCGAAGCACCCGACGCGGCUCUGCCUGUCCUCGCUCCUUACGUCCCCGGCACGGUCGUCGGCCACGGCGACGGAGUCUCGCUUACCAGUUCUGUUGGGACGGCGAACGACUCGCGCGCGCGAAGGUCGGCGAGUUCAGCCAAGAAAGACGCACAGGGAAGCAAAUCGUCCCAUGGCGUGCUCGAGAAUGUCGUCGAUGCGCUGGAACACAUCAACAGUCCUACCUGGGUCCAACCGCCUGGCGCUGUCGUCCCGGCUGGAGGCUCCCCCGUUUCGGUCGACAGCGACGAAGCUCGCACGCCGGUCGUGGGGAGGGCCAAGAGCAAGAGGCUGCACUUUGCGUCCAGUCAUCAGGCCUAUACAGGCAUUGAUCCGUGGCUAGAUAACUACGAGAUUGAUCUGGAAGACCUCGGUCCGAACUUCCGGUCCGGGAAGCUGACGAACGCCCAGCGCCUUGAUCUGGCUACUUAUGCAUGGACGCAAAACAACUUCACAGAUGUAAAAGGCGCAGUCGUGCUCUUCCAUUCCUACACGUCUCAUGCCCUCUGGGACUUCAUGCGGCACCAGCCCGCCGCACGUGAAGUCGUCGCCCAAGUCGACACACAGACUGGAGAGACCGAGGCCGUUGACAUGCAGUCCUGGGUUCCUAUCUACAACGGAAGUUGGGUAGAGGCCUUCUGGAACCAAGGAUUCAAUGUGUAUGCAAUGGACCAUCAGAGCCACGGUCGCUCAGCUGGGUGGAGAGAGUGGCGAUGCAAUGUGGAGAAAUUUGAUCACCUGGUUGACGACGCCUUGCUCUUUAUCAAGACUGUUGUCGCAACAGACCAAAUGACACCCGACAAUGCGCCCAUCUAUGUCCUGGGCUACUCAAUGGGCGGUAACAUCACACUUCAGACGCUGGCACGCAUUUUCUUGGAUCACUCAGAGGAAGGGAAAAAGCUGCAGUCCCGUGUCAAGGCUGCAGUUCUUCUCGCACCGAUGCUGCGGAUUUUGUUCGACAAAAAGACGGAGUUUCUCGCCAAAAUCAACAAAAGCGUCAUCAGUUGCUGCAUGCCGAAUCUGCGGCUGGGACGCUCCUCCGGUGACGAGGCAUACGCCUACCUCGACCGAUGGUAUGAGAAGGAUCCCUACGCGUACUCAGGCAGUGCCAAAUCGCGUAUGAUCGCGAACCUCUACUCUGCGACACUGAAAACGAAGAAGCUCAUAAAGAACCUCCCCGCCCAUCUGAGAAUUCUCUGCCUCCAAGGAACAGCAGACUCAACAGUGGACCACAGGGCGGCUUUGCUGCUUGCCAAAACACCCGUUCGACUCGACCUAAUGUAUCUGACUGGGUGGAGUCAUUACUUAGCCAAGCAGAUUGGAUUUGAACUUUUGAGAGAUCUGGUCGCGGCAUGGGUGCAUGCGAAACUGCAACUUGACAAGGCUCAGCCAACUCGCAAUGACUCGUUCGAGCAGUGGUCGGCCCAGUCGUGCAGCCGACCAGGUCGUGUCGCGGUUGGUACUCAGACGUCUUUUGCCGCGCUGACGCCUCCCGUGCAGGCCACGGUUUCGGCCAAGUCAGCUGCGGCUACAGAUGCGCCUGUCCCGGAGGCCUCUGCCGCUGCCCAGACUCCAGAGGCUGCUACCUCUAAACUUUAG